AUGACACCCUAUGACACCCAUACGACAACUGACGCACAUCUGCCACCACACUCCCAGACGGUCGCGGUUACUUCCUUCUGGUGGAUGAUGCCCAUCAGCAUCAUCAUAUUCGUCGUAUGUCUGUGCUUCCCGCCUCUGUGGGUCAUACUGAUACCGUACAUUGUAUACUGGCUCAUAGAUAAUGCUCAUGACGAGGGCGGUCGACGUUUUGAUUAUAUGAGGCGCCUAUCCUACUGGAACUACUUCAGUGAUUACUUCCCCUGUGUACUGGUGAAGGAGGCUGACAUCGAUCCCACCAAAAACUAUAUCUUUGGUUAUCAUCCACAUGGCAUCAUCAGUGUUGGCGCCAUGAUUAACUUCUGCUCUGAAGCAACCGGUUUCAGCGAUAAGUUUCCCGGUUUAAGGAUUAGUCUGUGCACGCUGACCUCAAACUUUACCUACCCCAUCAUGCGCGAGCUGCUAAUGUCUGUCGGACUAGUAUCGGUCAGUAGACAGUCCAUCAUCGCCAAUCUCAGGGCAGGGCCUGGCUCGGGUGUGGCCAUUGUAUUGGGCGGUGCAGCUGAGUCGCUGGACGCCGUGCCAAAGACAGCCGACCUCACCCUGAGUCGCCGCAAGGGCUUUGUGAAGAUUGCACUGAGAGAAGGGUAG